UCCGGUCAGCCUUUAAUUCACUUAUGUCUUAAAACACCGCGGACUCAUCAGGUUGGGGAUGGUAAUCAAACCUUUGUUAUGGAUGAUCCAAAAAUGGUUUAAUCCAGUCAUCUCUACUUUCCUACUAUUCGGUGAAAGCACACAUUAGUAGUAACAGUCUUACGAUGCGAUUGAAACGCCGAAUGAGAAAGUAACCAUCACUUCAGUGUCUUCUUGUAGUUGUAGCCGAUCUGGCAACAGCCAAAAUGACAAGCAACGGACCUGUCAUCGUCUACGAGUGGCUCAAGACCCUCCAGCUCGCCCAGUAUGUCGAGUCUUUUGUGGAUAAUGGAUAUGACGACCUGGAGGUUUGCAAACAAAUAGGAGACCCCGAUCUGGAUGCCAUCGGCGUCUAUAUCCCUCACCACAGGCAGAGGAUUCACGACGCGGUGAGGAGGCUGAAAGAGGAAGCUCAAGAGACGGCCAGCGGACUGUACUUCACCCUGGAGCCGAUGCCCCCCGCAGCCGAGAUUUAUACCAGUCACAUGGUUGACCAGUAUGAGUCCAAACUGCGGGGAUCCAAGUCCUGGACCGAGCCUAACAGUGACCGGGUGGGGCGCAACGGUGGGUACAUGGGCGCGCAGAGAAACCUGACGCUGGGCAACAGGAGGGAGCUGGUGGUUUACCCCAAACUGAAGCUCAAGAUCAUGAUCAGGGAUAAGCUCAUCAGAGAUGGCAUCAACCUCGCCAGGCCGCCCUAUUCUAAUAAGGAUGGUUCUCUGGGUAACAUAGAUGACCUUGCCCAGGAGUACUCUGAGUACUACAACACCUGCUUCAGUGACGUCAGUGACCGGAUGGAGGAGCUACGCAAGAGACGAGUCUCCCAAGAGCUAGAUAUGGAGAAACAGGACCCAAGUAGCACAUCGCUGCAGCUCCGCACUGAGAUCCAGGAAUCAUUAGGCUUCAGCAGUGAGGUGUCCACUCCAGAAACCGACAGAAAAAUGCCCCUGCACAAAUCAAGCUCUGAAGAUGGAUCUGGAGGUAAAUGGGACAAUAAGAAGAAGAACAAAUCUUUUUGGCAAAACUUUCGCAAGUCUCAGCACAAGCCAGUCAUGCGUCAGACAUCCAAAGGAGAAGACAUAGGCUACGUGGCCAGCGAGAUCACCAUGAGCGACGAAGAGCGAAUCCAGCUGAUGAUGAUGGUGAAAGAGAAGAUGAUCACCGUUGAAGAAGCUCUAGCUCGGCUGAAGGAGUAUGAGCGCAGCAGACAGUCCAGCAGUACUGACACUGCAGAGUGGGCUGACGGAUCUGCAGCCAAUCUAAACCAGUCCUCGAACUGCAACUCCCGUGAACAGUCAGACGAUGAGCAAUCAGAGGACUCCGUGAAGUUCAAGCGGCUUCACAAGCUGGUUAACUCCACGCGCCGGGUCAGGAAAAAACUCAUCAAGGUGGAGGAGGGCAAGAAACAUGGCUCUGAAGAUUUUCUGAAUCUGGAGGCACCUCCCACCUGUGAGGACAACGCGGCUCUGUAUACAGGGGUCCUGAAGAAGCCCCCUUUGCCCCAGGAGAUCUCCCUGCCCUCUCUCACCCAGGAUCAGCUCUCUCUGGAUGGAGACACAGACAGUCUGACCAACUCCCCUUCCUCCAGCAGCCUGGACACCUGGUCCGGACACAAGCUGGUCAAAACCUUCAGCAAGUCUUCCAGCACCCACGGCCUCAUCCGGCCCCCAAGGAGAACCCCAGUUGGUUCCGGGGGUCUGGGAGGCUCCAUCCCCGGCGUAGGAGGUAGUGGCUCCUCCUUCUCGGAGCUGGAUGGCUGUGGAUUGGACGACGAAGGAAAGCUGUCCCGCUCUACUACCGACGGCGAGAUGCGGAAGGCCCUGAGCUCCAUCUCCCAUGGGAGAACGUGCAGCUUCGGAGGCUUCGACCUGUCCAACCGUUCGCUCCAUGUGGUCAACGCGGGCUCCGAGGCCAAUAAUAAAGACCAAGAGGCCAUAUACAGAGAAGUGGUCAAAUCCCCCACCACGUCCCGGAUCUCAAUCGGCAAAAAGGUCAAGUCUGUCAAGGAGACGAUGAGGAAACGCAUGUCGAAGAAGUACAGCAGCUCCUUGUCUGAGCAGUCCAGCCCGGAUGGAGCCCCUGGCUCCCCUCAGUCCCCUCAGCCUGACACCGAUUCUCUGGAGAAGCCGAAGCUUAAGGCCGGAGGCUCUGUGGAAAGUCUGCGUAGUUCACUCAGCGGACAGAGUUCAAUGAGUGGUCAGACAGUGAGCACCACGGACUCGUCAGCCAGUAACAGAGAGAGCGUGAAGUCAGAGGACGGCGACGACGAAGAGCCGCCUUACAGAGGGCCGUUCUGCGGCCGCGCCCGGGUCCAUACAGACUUCACGCCCAGCCCCUACGACACUGACUCCCUCAAGCUGAAGCGCGGAGAUGUGAUCGACAUCAUCAGCAAGCCGCCCAUGGGAACGUGGAUGGGCCUGCUGAACAACAAAGUGGGCACCUUCAAGUUCAUCUAUGUGGACGUGCUGAGCGAAGAGGAGGAGAAGCCCAAAAGGCCCGUGAGGAGGAGGAGGAAGGGCCGGCCACCGAAGCCCACAUCAGUGGAGGAGCUGCUGGAGCGCAUCAACCUCAAGGAGCACAUGCCCACUUUCCUGUUCAACGGCUACGAGGACCUGGACACGUUCAAGCUGCUGGAAGAGGAGGACCUGGAUGAGCUGAACAUCAGAGACCCUCAGCACAGAGCCGUGCUGCUCACCGCUGUAGAGCUGCUGCAGGAGUACGACAGCAGCAGUGAUCCGGAGCGCAGCGGCCUGUCGGGCUCCCAGGAGAAGCUGCUGUCCGAGGGCCGGGGCCUGGUGGGAGACUCCCCACGAGACUCUGGGUGCUACGAGAGCAAUGAGAACCUGGAGAAUGGCAAAAGCAGGAAAGCUUCCCGCUCUAGCCGUUCUUCAGCGGGCCUCCAGUCUCCGGACUACCCCACCCUGCCCAUGACCCUCUCAACAGAGGCUCUGCAGCAGAACAGCAAGAACCAGCGCACAAGGUUCCCAAAAAGCUUCUUCACCAAACCCUCCCUGAAGGGCUUCAACCUCCUGGGGCUGCGCAAAGCCCAAAGACAGUCCCCCAUCCCGGCCAGCCGCAGCUGCGAGGACCUGGACGGCCACCCGCAGCCCACUGGACCCUGGAAACGCUCCCACUCUCUGGGAGAUCUGCACUGGGAGCAGAACUUUGAGAAGAAGGAUCUGGGAGUGGAGCUUGAACUCACCAAGGGAGGACCCAAGUCAGGCAACAGUAGCCCCACAAAGGUCUGUAGAGAUGAGGGUUCCCCGGCUCAGAAUGGGACUCCAACAGUGAGCCCGAAAGGGAGGGCCGACAGACCGCCCGUGCCCUCCCAGCUGCCUCUCCGCCCACCUUGCCGUACGACCCAAGCCCCCAACCCUCCAGAGCCCCUCUCCAGUCCUACUCCAAGUCCCCCGGAGUCUAAUGGAAGCGGGGAGAGGGUCAUCCGGACUCACCCCAAAAAGCCUCCUGUCCCCCCUCCCGUUCCCGCCAAGAAGUCUAGGGAAAGACUAGCCAACGGCCUACGCCACCCCCCUCUCUCUCUACCCUCCUCACCAUCUCCCACUCCCUCCCCGACCCACUCCCUCAACCGCUCUCACCCCAGCAGCCCUAUAAUCCGCAGCCCCGGUGCCCCCGCUCUGCCCGCCAAGACCCCGAGCACCCCCACCAGCCCCUGCGCCACCUCGUCCGCCUCGUCCAUGGGCGAGGAGCCGGGCACUCCGCCAGCAGUGCAGCCCCCGUGGCUCUCAGACCUGGGGGGCAAGGUGGCUGUCGCGAGGAAGGUUUCCCACGCCAAGAUGAGUCCAGACCUGCUCACCCUCCUGGAACAGCGACUGGAAGCGGAGGGCAUCGACCUCACAGAGGAGCCCUACUCGGACAAGCAUGGGCGGUGUGGCAUCCCCCAGCCGCUGGUGCAGCGCUACGCCGAGGACCUGGAGCAGCCCGUCAAGGAAGUGGCCUCCACCAUGGACCAGCUCCGAGUCCGAGAGCUCCGCAAGCAGCACCGCAUGGCUAUUCCUUCUGGAGGUUUGACAGAGAUGUGCCGGAAGCCGCUGCCCCCGGGUAACAUCAGCACGGUGUCUGAUUGGCUCACCUCCAUCGGCCUGCCCAUGUACACCACGUCUCUGGCGGCGGCGGGGGUCGACACCCUGAGCCGCGUGGCCUCGCUAACAGAGAGCAGCGCGCUGGAGGCCGGCGUGCGGGAUGAACGGCACGCCCGGCGGCUGGUCAGCGAGGCCCGACUGGUGAGCGCACACAGAGAGGUGCAGUCCUAACCCUGUUGGUGGAGUCGUAGAAAAUAACAGGUAUUUACUCACUGGUCAGCACCAUCUCAUUUUAACACCGGACCGGACGAUCACCCGGGUGACCACGGCACUACAGUACUUCCUGGGACUCAUAGUGAGCCACCCUGCUCUCUGAUUCUUCCCUCUUCAUCACUCUUGUCUUUUCUCAAAUGUUUACGGCAUUGAAGAGUUUCUCCGAACAGCCAAGAUAUCAACUGCCUUUAAAAAAAAAAAAAAAAAAAGACAGACUGUAGAGUCUCUCUGUGGGGUGGCCUCCGCUCUGAAGACGCCCCCAAAGUCUUAAAAUAAAGACUCGGAUCUGCCUUGAAGGAAGAUUGCACACUCUUUUGUAGGACGGAUGUUUUUUUAAAUCCAGAAAAGACGGUUUACUCCUUGCAUAUUUCAUAAGUGCUUCAUUUUCAUCUUUUUUUGUGCAGCGAGGCGACGUUAUCUGAGGGUCUUUUUAAGGAAGGAGCUCAGCCAAAGUGAUUUACUUCUCAUUCAGCGUUUCGUUCCCACUAACGGUCUCAUAACGACGACGGCAGAGUUCACUUAAUAUUGGGACUUUUAUUCAACUAAAUACACACACCAAACCGACUAUGAGCAACUGGUGGUUCUGAGAUGGCUUAUUUUGUAUCAUGUUUCUGUAUUAUAGCAUAACGCAUAUCUGAAUUUUAAAAUGAGUUAUAUGUUUAAGAUUUGUGUUUGCCUUUUGAAUGUUGCGGCCUUGUUUGGAGGCCAGCUCUCAGUCAUUGCUAAGCUGAAACAAGCUGCCAUCACACCUUUGUAUUUCAUACUAUACUGUAUGUGUUGUCUCACUGCACAUCCUCGGAUGCACGCCCUGAAAGGGCGCCUUUCCAGAAAGCCCUGUUUUAUCCCAGCUAUCACAAUCAGCUUUCGCAGCGACGAAACAUUCCCCGUGUAUCCAAGCACAUAUUGAGUUGCCUUACCAUUAUGAAUUAAUAUCUUCGCCAGACAGAUCACGUGUGUCGUGUUGACUACACCGUGAGUAAGGCUGAACUGUGCUAAAGGUGCAAACCUUUUUUUUUUUUUUGCUCUGAAUGUGUCUGACAAAUACGAUUUCAUGAACGUUUCCUGAACUCGUCGGACGGCCGAGAAACGUGCCUCUGACGGACUGUGGUUCCUAUAACCCGCUGGGCCCAGAUGAUAAACCACGAAACCGCAGGCACGGCGCAGACGCCGUUCCACAUUUAACAUCCCGGCGCAUUCGCUGUGCAUGUUCCAUGCAGAGGGCCGCGGGACCGGAGAGGGCGGAGAGAAUAAAUAUGUUCCAAAGACACAGCUGACAUCUGGGCUGUCAUAUCUGGAAUUUAUUGGACUGUCUACGCUUUGGUUACAGUGUUUAAGAAUCUGAUUUAUAGCUGGAUAAUUAGCUGUUUGGGCCUUUUUAAACACAUUAUACUGUAGCUAUAAUCAAUGCUGGUCUGAAAAUCUUUAUUAGACUUUAGCCAAACACACUGAGGAUAGAUGGUAAGAACAGUAAUUAUAUCAGGUGAAAAGCUGCCUUUCGAGGUCAGCGUUCUACACUAUGACAUGAAACAGUCUUGCAAAUCAGGGAAACACUGUGUCGGGUCAGCCUGUUACAAAAAUGUCGGGCCAAAAACUGAACUGAGAACAGCCAGAAACUCAUUUCUCUUGCACGCUCUGCAUGAAAUGGAGCGAACAGAUAUUCCUCAUCUGUGUUUUUUUUUUUUUGUUUCCUCUUAUUUCUAACAGUGAAGUUCUAUCAUUCACACUCAGAACUGAACAUAUUCCAUGGAUUUCCUAUUGAAAAAUUUGACAAAGUAUUGUUGUUGUUUUUUGUUUUUUUUUUGCAGUGGGCAUUUCAUACAAGUUUGAUGCCUUCUUUUCCUCUUCAAUCAAAGUGGUGCUCUGAGAAAGCGAGAAUGCGGGUCAUUACUAAAAAAAAGUCAAAGACCCGUGGAGUGUUUUGUAAAGAAUGAAAAUACUGACACUGUAAAUGCACUUUAGAGGGUAAAUCUAGCUGUUUUCUAGGCGGAAUUGGCGACAUUUUGUUCACAGGUCCGCAAACGGACACUUGUUGUCAGGUAUUGUAAAGGGUUUCAGUGGGUUAUGCUGGUAUUUUAUUUUAGUAUUGAGUUCCCAAUGCCAAUUUUAAUAACCAUUCACGGGUUAACAUCUUUCCAGUUCUUCACUUCCAGUUUUCCAGUCUGUUCUUGCAGUCUUACAAAAAUAAAUUCUUAAUUACAUAUAUAUAAUGCUUAGCAGAAGUUGCACAUUCUGUAUAUGUAAUUGAUAUUUAAAUAACUUAUUUUUGCUUUUUUUUUCAUAUCAACUGUAAUUAGCUGUACUAUAUGAAUAGCAAUACCUUCCUGCAUAAUGCAUAUUGCUUUAGCCAGUGAGGAACUACAGUAUGUAUUGUAAAAUAUGUGUACAAAUUAUUUUAUUUGGUUUUCAUCUACCUAAUGAUUGUCCAUACAGAUUUGCUUGUGUAUUGAAACAACAAAAAGUAAUGUCCAUAGCUAUUUGUCAUUCUGAAAUAUAAUAAAAAAAAAUGUUUCUUGCCAUA